AAAAAUAAUUUGUGCACAAAAUCAUUCUCUGAUUCUCACACAAAACGCUACUCAUCCAUCUUCUUCACUUUCUUUUCCCCCUUUCGGUUUCGCACCUCAAACCCGACAUCAAUCUUCAUCCCGUUCCUGUUCCCCUUCCUCUCUGUUUCUCCAUUCCCACUCGUGGAGUUACUCUCCUUACUUUUCUUUUCUCUCCCGUCGCUUCCAACAGCAACCACGACCCUGAAUUUUAGGCUUUGGGAUUGAGAUUCUUUCUUCUUCUUUUUUUGAUUUUUUUUAACUUCUGUGAGGGAGAAAGGGGAGAAUGUCGAAGAAGAAAGUUAGCGGCAACACCAUGACGCUGAAGGACUUCCAUGGCGGUUCAAUUCCCUCUGAUCUCCCUCUACCUUCUGCUCCCGGCGUGACUGUGAGGACUUCAGAUCGUGCUGGUUUUGAUCGGCCGUCGGCGUGGGGGACACCGAUGGGCCGGUCGGAUCAUUGGUCUCGGCCGCACACGUCGCCGGCAACUAGGCAUUAUGAUGACAAAACCCCGUUUUUGUCACACACUGCCCCAAUUGGCAGGAAUUUUGAUGAGGAUGAGAGGAAGCCCCUUGAUGGUGGUUCGAUGCCACGUAGGACAAUCAGUGAUGAGAGCAUCCGUGGUGGUCCGCCUCCUCGUGUUGAGGUAAGGCCACCUGAGUUUGGACCGGGAGGAAGUUCAUUGGGCAGGCAAGUGGCUCCAGUGUCUCAAACUCCUGUUGGGGCAGGUAAUUCAUACUCGGGGAGGCUCACCGAUGCGGUGCAUGUGGGGAUGAAUCCUCCGAGUUUAGGAGGUAGUAAGGAGCAGGGAACUGCAGCAGGUGGUGGUGGUUAUCCGAACGCGUGGUCAAUGCGGAAAGAAGUGGCAAGUGCUGUCGAGCCAGAGCAACCAGCUUGGUCUAGUGCUGGUGCUGCUUCCAAGUUGGCUCACGCCAGUGCCCUUGAGAAGGUGUCUUCUGGUAGAUGGCAGUCUAAGGCUGUAAAUUAUCAGACUGAUGCUGAGGUGGUUAGAUCUCCUGAAGUGGAGAAUAGACCACAUGUUAAUGUUAAUGGCGUUGGUGCCUAUAAUUGGACGGAGGCAGUGGGUGAAAAGGAGUAUUAUGAUGCAAUGCUAGCUAGACACGCUGAAAGGGGCUUAGGCAUUGAUAAUCCGAUGCAAGGUGGUAGGAAUGAGUUACCAAAUUAUGAAAGGUCUGGGGUUUCCCGAUAUUCAGAUGUACGGCCAACAAGUGCACCUCAUCACUCUGGUGGGGUUCAGCUGGCUCGAAAUGAUGGAAAAAUUGUUGGGUCUGAUUUGCAGCACCCUAUGCCUUCUGAACUAACUGAGCGACCUAAACUGAAGUUGCUACCAAGGGCAAAGCCAGUGGAAAGUUCAGAACCUGCUGUCAUGGAUUAUGCACAGGGUAAUCGUCAGGUUAAUGAUUCUGGCCAUGUUGAAACCGUUUAUCAAGCACAUGGCCAUGCUAAUUUUGUGAAGCCUGUAUCAGCUGGAAAUGACAAUGGGAAAGACGCAGGACAGCGUCCGAAGCUGAAUUUGAAGCCUCGGUCUCAGCCCACUGAAAAGCUGGAUGGAAACAGUGAAAGAGACAGGAAUGUUUUAUUUGGUGGAGCUCGCCCACGUGAACUAGUAUUGAAGGAGCGAGGGAUUGAUGAUGUUUCAAUCAAUGUGGUGGAGCAUUCAAACAGGGUUGAAAACAAUAUUUUGAGGGUUCAGAAACAUCCUGACCAUUCAACCCAGACUCGAUAUGGUGAAAAGACCGAGGAUGCUCAUCUUGAUCAAAAGACAGGCAGAAAACCUGAAAGGAAGGAGCAAAGGGCAGAUGGUGAUAGGGCUCAUGCGCAGAGGAGAAAUUGGCGGGGUGAUACUCGGAGAAAUGGGAAGGAGACCGAUAGGCAGCCGCAUGCCCCGGAGAGGCAACCUUCACCUGAGACAUGGCGUAAGCCUGUGGAGCAGCAGCUAAAAUCAGCUCCAGGUGCUGCUGGCACACGGUACAGUAGAGCAGCUUCGGCGGUUGAACUUGCACAAGCAUUCUCCAGAUCUGUAUCAGAUCCAAAAGUGAAUGAUAGGUUUUCAGGUCAAAGGGGUCUGAACACUGGCAACAGCAGCAGGACACAAGUUCCAUUUUCACGGCUUGUUGGUCCUACAUCAAGGCCUCAGAUCAAUGGUUAUUAAAAUAUUUGGUGGAUAAUUGGACUCACUCAAGACCAAUUUCUAUGAGAUAGCAUUGGAUUCAUGCAAUGUGGAAUUGCAGAGCACUUCAUGUAGUGGCUGUGGUUUUAGUUAUUUUCUCCUCAUUCACAACAAUUGAGUGAGAAAUUAAUGAUUUCUCAAGUUACAUAGCCUUGGUUGUGACAAUACCUUCUUACAAUUACCAUGCUUUAUUUUGUUUUUAUUUAUUGCCCCAUAUCAUUUGCUGCCAAAACACUAAUUUUUUUUUCUUUCUUUGUGGUGGAGCUGAAAAGGCUGUUACCUAAUGAAAACAUUGUAGCAUGAUUAACACCAUAAAAUUGUUCGUUUUAGUUUCAUCAACAUACAGCUAUCUUGGGCAAUUUAUGGAUCA